UCUAUCACGCGCAUGUCCGACAAAGCAGACAACAUGAGUUUAGGACACCCUUCUGUACGGCCUCAGCCCCCUGGAGACCAUGUGGUAUCCCUGCCCCAUGGGCCUUAUGGAACCCCAGACAUGAUGCUCCAUGGUCCUCAAAACGUGAAGAGCCGCUUGAGUGACACCCAUCCUCUAGAGUUCUCAGAGCAACAGUGGCGCGCUAAUCAGCAGCACAUGGACCUGGGCAUGUUGAGGAAUAGUCAGGGCCUCCAUGCUCCUCUCAAGCUGCAGAUGGAGAGGCAGACAGCACUGAAGAUGAGGCGGCUACCCGGCCUUCAUAGCUCUGACAUCAUGAUCAACACUCUGACAGGAUUGGACGAGAUGAUAACGUUUGAAGACAUUCUCAACAAUCCUGCUGAUGCAGAAACAAUGGGAAAUCCUCAUGUACUCAUGGAGAAGAGACUCAAUUUGCUGUGAAGUUCUAUAAAGCUGGAGAAAACAUAAAAAUGACAUGGUUCAGAUGAAAGAGUGCAGAAAGUUAAUCCUAAAUGUGGUCUCCAGUAUGUUUUUUUCGUUUUCUCCUUAAGGAGAAAAGGACACUUGAAAAUAAUUUUUGUAUGGUGGGUAUUUGGGACCACCUUAUGGUAUUUAUAGUGUUUGUUUAAUAAUGUCAUAAAUAAGGAUGUAACACAGGUUUAAUAAAUAUUUUUGCACUAGAAUUUGUUCUUUUCAGCUAACAAAUGUACUAAAUCUCAAUUUGGAUCAUAUUUAUAUUUGUAAUAUGUUCAUAAAUAUUAUCAUAAUUUAGGUUAAAUGCAUAUGUUACGAUAUAAACAACAAAUUUACAUUCAAAUAAAUUUAUUAGACAACCAUCACAUCCUUAUUUAGAAAUUUAUUAUGCAUCAACGAGAAAUGUUUGGUCCUAUUUUCAAAUACCCUUUUCUCUUGAAAAAAUCCAAAAAAAUAUUAAAUAUCAUAUUGGCAAAAUAAAUUUUGACACUCUUUCAUCUGAUUUUGGCAUCAUUUUCAUGUUUUCUUCUCCUUUAAGCAUUUUUUUUCUUUUAUUAAUUAGAAUAUUCUCGUGAAAUUUUGCUACAGGUGUGGAUCUGGUAAGAUCAAAAACUGCACAAGCAACCACUUUGUCCAUCGUUCCACGGUAUAUCAUCUACUACUUUGUCAAUACAUGUAUGUAUGUCCAUGUAACAGUAAAUAUUUAUGAAAUUGAA